AUGCCAAGCACACCUGUUACGCCUCUCCAUCUUCCAACGGAACUCAAUCGACUGAUAGUCGACCAGCUGUCCGACGAUAGAUCAUCUCUGUCGUCUUGCUCCCUAGCUUGCCGUGCCUGGACUGGCUUGACUCGCGUGCUCAUCUUCCACACCGUCAAGCUCCGCGACUUCAGGGACGCAGAAGGCUACAAGUUCGUGGCAUUCCUUGAACUUCUUGAAGACAGUCACCGCCUCAAAUUGGAUGUCGGGAUGUACAUCAAGGAAUUGAGCCUCAAUGGGCGACACAACUUCCAGGAAACCGACGAAGACGCGUCUGCCUCCUCCCCGCUUGUUCACACCUCCCUUCGUUCUCUUAUAUCCCUCCUUCCGUAUCUGCAGAAGUUGACCUUGAACACGCUGGAAAUUGGGUCUUCAUAUGGCGCUUACACAUAUAGAGAGGAGGACGACGAGGACGAACUUGAUGAGUUCGGCCCUCGACCUGGGCCGAUUUCCCGCCUCAAGCUACGCAACCUUACUAUUCGCUGUUGCACGUUUGAUCGGACAUUUUGUGCUGCCAACCUGCUGUCCAUGUUCUCCCGCGUAGACCAUCUACAAGUGAUCCGUUCGUACGGGCUCUCCGGAGAUUACAAGGAAGCGCGGAUGACAGGCCUCGUACCCCCGACCAUCACGUCGUUCGCUUACGACGGGGUUGACUAUGCCGCACACGACCUGUUUGGUCUCCUACUCGAGCAGGACCCGUGGUCAAACUCCGGUACGCUCGAACGAGUCUCAUUGCGCGGUCUGGGCCGUGGUGGAGGCAGAACUGUUCAGCUUCUGCAUCAUUUUUGUCACAAUCUCGUCAAGCUGGAUCUCGGGCUCUACCAUCUCCUCUUCGGCGGUACAGAACGGUACCCCACCUCAUCUUGGGACCGGUUGAUGCCUGCCAUCCACUCCUGCACCUCUCUGCGCUCACUCACACUCUCGAUUGGCUGCGAUAGUGACGAGGAAUUCCUGGGAGACCCUUUACACACGUGCACCCCAGAAGGUAUCCGUGCUUACGCACUGACGCUCGGCGGCUACUUUCCCGUCCUGCGUACGGUCACCUUCAACGUUUACUCCUGCCGCGUCUUCACCGCCGCAGAGAUACUAGCAUAUGCGCGCUCGGGCAGCCAGCGCGUGGAAGUCUGGCGCGAGCUCGACAAGUCGUUCAUGGGCCUGCAGGCGCUCAAGCGGGUGUCAAUCAUCUUGCACGACUGCCCGGAGUGCGGCCUCGAGGUUGUGCCAGACAGUACUAUACGAGGGUUCGUGGAGAAGAAGUUGGCUGGGACACGUUCCGCGGGAAAGCUUGAUCUCCAGCUGGGGCGUAGGCUGCCGUGCUACUUACACGAACGAUUCCACUAGUGUUCCUUCCUAAGCUCCAUGUAGUGUACCACGAGGAUAAUUGU